GUAUCAUCACACACCUCACUCGACGAUCGCCAACUCGGAACUACAAUCUUACUAUAUCUUUCAACGAUCACGCCCCACCACUUCCCCGCGCUGACUGAUGGGUGACAUCCAAACUUGCAAUCAACCAUCACAACCAUGACACAGUUCUAUCAUGGAUCGACGCCAAUUAGAGUUUGACAGAGUGCUACCUAAAUUUACAGUUUACUGAAAACUGUUCUACAAAACACAGUACGAUAUGCAAUUACGACUAAAACAACCAUAACUAACGUAAUCUCAUCACCUACAACGCAUUUCCGACCCAAACGAUUCCAACCAAAUGCAGUUAUGCAUAAGUAAAUAUAUUUCGAAUAAUUGGCACGAAUUUCGUUUAUAUAUAACCGCGCAUCUGAUUGGUGCUUAUUACCGGUGAUCACAUACGAGCUUUGGCAAUAAGUAUGACUGAAAAUGUACAAAAGACGACGUUCAUUUUCUCGCGCCUCCAAUUACGCAACAUCGUCUCCGGGCGGCGCACAUCGCGGUGACCGCGUCUUGAUCGUAGUGAAUAGACGCAACUCGUACAUCUUUCAUCAUGCCACCAGUUAAAGUGCCCAACUACAAUAAAUGGAAUAGACCACCCACCGCAAUAUAUGAAGAUAAUUAUGGCUACGGUAUUAAUUUUUAUCAGCCAAUGAUCGAUUACAUCAGUGCAAAAGGACAAGGAGUAGCAGCCAAGCCUCCUCAUUUACCAUGGAACAAUGAAAGAGGACUGGACAAGUAUAGGUUUGAUAAACCAAUACGAACUUACUCUGAGGAAGAUGCUACGAGACUUUCCCACGAAAUCGCCGAUCAAGCUAAGCGGGACCUCAAUACAUUUAAUGUGACCAAACGGUCUCCUUUCUCAGUGAUCGCUACCGCAGAUGCGGCGAACGUUGUGAAGCACAUUGGAACAGAAAGCGUGACUUCUAAAACCAGGAAGAAGAAAGAAGAGAGAGAAAAAUACAAAAUCGAAAGACAAAAAAAGAGAAUGAAUGAAAUUGAAAAGGAAUUGGAGCUCUAUGAGAAAGAAGUAAAUGUGGGUGCGGAAUUGAGAGGUAAAGCCAAAAUGUAUAGAGGCAAAUCGGCAAAAGCAAUAGCUCAAACCCUAUUACAGGAGAGUAGGCAAAAUGUGGCUGAGAGUAAACCAACUAGAAUUGAAUACCGUGGCAAAAGAAGCGUCAUUGAUAAAAACUUGUCACAAAUAACUCAAAAUGUGUUAUCUAAGGCCGUGGUACAAUCGAAAAUUUCAGGCGCAGCGGCUAAUGAAAUUUCAGAAAAGAUGACUGAAACGAUACACAGAGCUAUACGAGAAACGUCACCGACGACGUGCGUCGUAAGGAUUAGGGAAGUUCCGGCAAUUGAGUGUAAAGUAGAUGACUCGUAUUUGCAACCUUUAAACGAACUAAAACAAACGAUAAAGCAAUUUGAUGAACUUAACACAUGUUUGUUGAUUGACUCGAGGUGACUUAUUAUGUUAAUUAAAUGUGUUGAUGUGUUUAAGAGUGAAAUCAGUGUUUGAAUU